CUUCCGUCCCCUGCCCUGCCAGAGCAGAGUGAGAUCUCGAACAAGAGUUAUUAUAGGGAGUCGAAAUUAAUCAUAUGCCUAAUUAUGAGCUUAUUUCUCCCUAAACUUUCAUCUAAAAAGAAUGUAGAUGAAGUCAUCAAAACUGUCGCUGAGAAAGUUCUGGUGUUGCGAUUUGGACGAGAUGAUGAUUCUGUUUGCAUGCAGCUGGAUGAGAUUCUAUCAAAAACCUCCCAUGACUUAAGUAAUAUGACUUCAAUAUAUCUUGUGGACGUGGACAAAGUACCAGUUUACACUCGAUACUUUGACAUCAGUUAUAUACCGUCCACUAUCUUCUUCUUUAAUGGACAGCACAUGAAGGUUGAUUAUGGGUCUCCAGACCACACCAAGUUUGUUGGAAGCUUUAAAACCAAGCAAGACUUCAUUGAUCUUGUCGAGGUGCUCUACCGUGGUGCCAUGAGAGGAAAACUGAUUGUACAAAGUCCUAUUGAUCCAAGAAAUAUACCCAAAUAUGAUCUGCUCUACCAUGGGAUCUAAUUACUAGUAUUUCACCACAAGUGACUGGUUUUGAUUUGACUAUACAUUUAAGUAAGAACUAAAUGUAGUGUUUUUAGCUAGGUAUGCUUGUUUUUGUAAGAAGUUGUCAUAAGUUUUUGCAUUAUUUCCUGUGGAAGUGUUAAGGGCAUAAGGCUUUUUCCCCUCUGUACAAAAGCUUCUGAAAAGUGGCAUUGUUCAGAUGUCAAAAUAGCCGUAAUGCCUGCUUAAUUUCUUUUUUUGUUGUUGCAUUGUUAUCUAGACAAAUGUAUAUAAUUUCACAUAACUAAGUGAUUAAGCUUUUGAUGAUAUUAAAUUAUUUUUAUCUAACAAAUCAGAAAA